AUGGACGACGAUCGCAGGAAGAGGAGUAAAUGGGAUGAAAAGGAGCGUGGUGACCGACACGACCGCUCCCAUAGGGAGAGAGAUAGGGACCGCGAUAGGGACCGCGAUAGGGACCGCGAAUACGACCGGGAUCGCGAACGUGAGAGCGAAAGAUCUAAUCAUAGAUCAAGAUGGGAUGCUUCCAACCGGAGGUCGCGAUCUCCCCGUCAUUCCGCAAGCUCUCGGCCAAGUCGGAGUAGAAGUCCCUCUCGGGCUUCAGCGUUAUCACCCAAAGUACAGUCGACAGAACCCACAAAGGCUGCAAUUGAUCCUGCGGCCGCUGCAGCUGCCGCUGCUGCUAGAAUCAAUGCCCAGCUCCAAGCUAAACGAGGUAUCACUACUGAUACAUCUUCGUUCAAGGCAAGUACUUACCGAAUCGCGGAAACCCUCUGUUACACUUGGCUUUCCAUUAGCAGCGCCGCUAACAACCGCGAUAGUCUGCCGCACAGUCUCCUAUUGGACCUAAGCCCUCGACGCCAACGGCUGGAAUGA